CCCUGCGGUACAAUAACAGGUUACAGCUUGUCUGUGACGUUGUCGUUUCUGACGACGCGGAACUGUUAUGUCCGGGGCUUUGUUGUGCCCGGUAGUAAUAAGAGCGAGCACAGUCUCGCGCCGCUGACUUCCGGUGUGCUUUAUCAGCUGCUGUGACGCUAUAGGAUGCGUUCUUUACUGAGACUGGUGACGUGCGGAAAAUUCAGCAGAGUCUUCAGCUCUUCUGUUCUGCAGAGUCGGAGGUUGUGCCAGACAUCUGCAUCCUCAGAAACACAAAGUGAAAAGGUUCUCCACCAACCUGUCAUGCUUAAUGAAGUCAUCAGCUACUUAAGUCCAAAGGAAGGUCAGACGAUAUUGGAUAUGACUUUUGGAGCAGGAGGUCACACCACAUCAAUUCUGAAGCAGGCUCCUAAUAUUAAAGUAUUGGCGCUAGACCGAGAUCCUGCUGCGUAUUCAAUAGCUCAGCGCUUGUCCGACUGUGAGGGGUAUAAUAUACAGCCAUUGUUUGGAAGAUUCAGUGAGUGUGAGAACCUACUUCUCUCUGCGGGAGUCCAACCUGGGGAAAUCGAUGGAGUUCUUAUAGAUGCUGGGUGCUCAUCCAUGCAGUUUGACAGACCAGAACGAGGAUUCUCACUGAGUAAGGAUGGCCCCUUGGACAUGAGAAUGGAUCAUCACAGGUAUCCUGACAUGCCCACCGCUGCUGAUGUUGUGAAUGCUUUAGAUCAACAGGCGCUUGCGUCUAUCCUGAAAACGUACGGGGAGGAGAAACACGCCAAGAAAAUAGCUUCAGCCAUCGUACAGGCACGUAGUAUAUACCCCAUCACCAGAACUCAGCAGCUCGCAAGCAUUGUUGCAGGUGUUUGUUUUUAUAAUCAUAAAGAUCUUCUCCAGCGGCCAGCACAUGUGGCCACCAAAACAUUUCAAGCUCUCCGUAUCUUUGUGAAUGAUGAACUGAACGAACUCCACACAGGACUGCAGGCAGCUCAGAAAUUUCUAAGACCAGGAGGAAGACUUGUUGCCAUUUCAUUCCAUUCUUUGGAAGACCGGAUAGUUAAGAGAUUUCUGUGUGGAAUUCCAAUGGAUGAAAAGCCAAAUCUAAGUGCUAGGCAUAGGAUUAGGCAAGGACAGAAGAAUGUUACAGAAACGGAAGAUGAUGAACAGUUUGCAAAUCCACAGCCGAAUCUAGUGUGGGAAAUUGUUCAACGAAAGGUUCUUACACCUGAGCACCAGGAUGUUGUUGAAAAUCCUCGAGGAAGAUCUGCAAAACUCAGAGCUGCUAUAAAACAAUAACAUCGGUUUAAUUUAUUAGUUUUUCUAAUCUGUAUUAAAAUGAUAUUUUUUAAUU